GAUGUUCUCCGCACACAAACCAACCAUACACACACUGCAGUGUGACAGUCUCUGGUUCUAUAGCAAGAAUGGGUGCCCAUGGCGCCAGCCCCCUCGCUCCGCCGCCGCCGCUUUCGAUAGACACUCGCCACCGAGCUGGGGCAUUCGGAGACGCUGACGACGACGGCGGCGAGCCCCUGAGCCCUACCGCACGCAUGUUCCACGACUUCUACAUCGUCGCCGUCGUCGGCCUCGGCGCGCCCAUCGACUUUGAGCCCGCCCGCGCCGGCCUCGAGGUCACCCUCGUUCGCCACCCCCGCUUCUCCAGCAUCCGAGUGAUGGACGGGCCAGAGCCGCGAUGGGUCCCGACGACGGUGAACCUGGACGACCACAUCAUCGUGCCGGACCUGGACCGCGCCGCCAUCGCGGCCGACGCCGACAGGGCCCUGGAGGACUACGUGGCGUCCCUGUCCACGCUCCCCAUGGACCAGUCGCGGCCGCUCUGGGAGCUCCACGUCCUGGACUUCCCGACCUCCGAGGCGGCGUCCGCCGUGGCGUUCCGGAUCCACCACGCGCUCGGCGACGGCGCGUCGCUGGUCUCCCUCCUCCUGGCGUGCACGCGGAGCGCCGCCGACCCCAAGGCCCUGCCGGCCAUGCCGUCGCCCGCGCCGGCCCCGGGCCCGGGCGCGAGGAGGAGGGCGCGCCCCGUCUACGGCGCCCCGCCGCGGCCGGCGUGGUCGGCGGGCGCCCUGGCCCUCGCCGCCUGGGUCCUGUCGUGCGCCCUGCUGGCCUGGCACACGCUCGUGGACGUGGCGCGCUUCGUCGCCAUGGCGCUGCAGCUCGUGCGCGACCCGCCCACGCUGUUCAAGGGGGUGAAAGGCGUCGAGUCCAGGCGCAAGCGCUUCGUCAUGCGCACCUUCAGCCUCGACGACGUGAAGCUCAUCAAGCACGCUCUAGGCUGCACGGUAAAUGACGUGCUAGUUGGAGUGACAUCUGCUGCCCUGUCACGGUAUUACUUCCGUAAGCUUGGUGAUGACCAGGACACAAACAACAGAAGCACAUGCUUUAGAUCAGUCCUUUUCGUCAAUCUAAGGCCAACGCCCGGCAUACAACAACUGGCUAAGAUGAUGGAGUCCGGUAAGCACAAUGACUUGAAAUGGGGAAAUCGGCUCGGCUACAUCGUGCUCCCCUUCGAGAUCGUGAAGCACGACGACCCUCUUGACUACGUCCGCAACGGAAAGAAGACCGUGGACAGGAAGAAGCAUUCGUUCGAAGCGAUCGCCACUCAUCUCAUCGCUGAAACGGUCACCAAACUUUUCGGCAUUGAGGUAGCAACUGGUCUCUUCCACCGUAUGAUAUCCGGCACAACUGUGCUGUUCUCCAACAUGAUUGGUCCUGCUGAACCAAUAGAGUUCUACGGCCACCCCGUCGUCUACAUUGCACCAAGCAACUUUGGGCAUCCAUCGGCGCUGACAAUACACUGGCAAAGUUACCUGGACACUAUCAGGAUCAUACUUGCCGUGGAUGAUGCACAGUUUCUAGAUUCUCACGACCUCCUGGAUGAUUUCGCCGAAUCCCUGGAAAGUAUAAGAAACGCAACAUCAACAGCGUUCAAAGCACAAGUCGUCAAAGGUUGAUCGGAGUACACAUUAUUCCCAGAUGUGUCUGCAUUACUAUAUGUAAAAAAAUGAAUGGCUACUCGCGAAGUACUACCUAAUAAUGCGCGAGUUAAGAUACUCCCUGUGCGUGCAGAGGAAACGUCAAUCCUAAUCCUAACUGCGUUGGGUGGAUUCCUUUGGUGUUGAGAGUUGAGACUCAGCUUUCUGGAAGCGUGUGAGCUCCAUGAGGAUGUGACAAUUGUGAUGUUGAAAAACGUUGUAUCUUUGGUCCUGUUGCGAUGUAUCUUUGGCCUCGAACUCUGAAAAAGCAGUUAAUGAAUAAAAUUUCAAAUUUAUAAAUGGCA